AGCUAGUCGAAGUGCACAAAGCGCUCCGGACAACUUUCAGCACUUACACAUAAAAUAACCAUACUUAGACAGCACACCGCACAACUAGUUUGCACUUAUAAUUUUAUAACACUCGCGUAAAUAUUUAGCACUUUCCUUGAAGAGAAUAUGGAAAGAAAAACCCUUGUUUUGCUCGUUUUCUGGAUGUAUUUUCUGAAUAUUUCUUCCAGUUUAUCAACUACAACUGAAAUUAUGAAAACAAGCGGAUUCAGCAACAUUACAACCAACUCUACAGACUGGAUGGAGGAUUUCAGCGAUAUUGAGUCCAAAUUUGCUUUGAGAACAUUCGACGAACCGGAGGACGACCUAUGUUAUAUUGUUCCUGGUCAGCGGAACAGCAUUAAAGAGUGCAAUUUUAAUCCAGACAACAAGACUUUUAUUGUCAUUCAUGGCUGGACAGUUACUGGCAUGUAUGAGAGCUGGGUUUCCAAAUUGGUGAGGGCGCUGUACGAUCGUGAAUCAAUGGCCAAUGUCAUUGUGGUGAACUGGCUGGUCCGGGCACAGCAACAUUACCCAACCUCAGCUGCUUACACAAAGCUUGUGGGACGAGAUGUGGCCAAAUUUGUCAACUGGCUACAGGCUGAGUUAGAGUAUCCGUGGGAGAAGCUUCACCUCCUUGGCUACAGUUUGGGCGCCCAUGUAGCUGGCAUCGCAGGACUUCUCACAAAUAACAAAAUUAGCAGGAUCACAGGAAUGGAUCCAGCUGGCCCAAGCUUUGAGUAUGCUGAUGCCCAGAGCACGCUGUCUCCGGAUGAUGCCCAGUUUGUUGACGUGCUCCACACCAACACACGUGGCUCUCCGGACCGCAGCAUUGGCAUCCAGAAGCCUGUGGGUCAUAUUGACGUCUACCCUAACGGAGGAGGGUUUCAGCCUGGAUGUGAUCUACAGAACACUAUGAUGAUGGUGGCUACCACAGGAUUGAGAAACAUGGACCAGAUUGUAAAAUGUUCCCAUGAGCGUUCCAUCCACCUCUUCAUUGACUCCCUUGUCAACAAGGACCAGAACAGCAUGGCAUACCGCUGUAACUCCAAAGAGACUUUCAACAAAGGUGUGUGCCUGAGCUGCCGUAAGAACCGCUGCAACAAGGUGGGCUAUGAUGUUGCCAAGGUGCGGAACAGACAGAACAGCAAGAUGUACAUGAAGACCAGAGAUAUGAUGCCAUACAAAGUUUUCCACUACCAAGUUAAAGUCCACUUCUUCAGCAAAAGUGAGAUAAGCUAUACAGAUCAGCCCCUGAAGAUUUCUCUGUAUGGCAUCUCUGGAGAGAAAGAGAACAUUCCUUUCAUUAUGCCUGCUUUGAAAACCAACACCACCGUCUCCUUCUUACUCACCACUGAUGUGGACAUUGGUGACCUGAUGGAGGUGAAACUGCUUUGGGAGAAGGACACCAUCCUGAGCUGGCCCUGGUGGAACUCCGACACUUUCCACAUUCGCAAGCUACGCAUCAAAUCUGGGGAAACACAGUCAAGAUUGAUCUUCAGUGCCAAGAAGGAAGGGGAUUUUACCUACCUCACCCGUGGUGGAGAAGCUGCUGUUUUUGUGAAAGACAAAAAAUAUCAGUCAAGCCACAAAAAUGAAAGAUUGCAUAAGCGGAAGAUGCAUGGCAGCUCAUUUAAAAAUGUUACCACAGAUGCUUAGAGAUGCACUUGCACUUCCACUAUUUUGAACCUGGGAGAAACCUGAUGUGGACUGGGAAAGAGACUGGGCAGUUACUGUACAUUCUGAUCUAAGUGAGUUGCAGAAUAGUAGUGAUUAUCUGACUUUCACCUAUAAGCACAUCCUGUAAGGAACUUUUAUUUGCAAUAACCAUUAACUGCUGAGCAGUUUAAAUUAGAAAGACAUCCGAUUCAGUAUUAUUGAUUAUUCGAACUUGAUCUGAUAUCAUCAGAGCUCAGUGUAGAGUCAGAUCCUCUUGUAACUGGAACCUGAUCACUUCUCAUUGACUGUAAAUAGGCAUGUGCUGAUAAUAAAAUUGGACUAUUCGUUAAACAUCAUGAAUUAAAUACUGCUGAUGCUUGCUUGAAAAUAUUUGACUGAUGAGACCAGCAAUUAUGCUAUAGUAAUAGUGAUUGGCAAUAAUGAUUAAAAAAUCAUGCGCAUGCCUAGAUGGUAAAUAUUUCUUUAAAUAAAAGAUAAAAAGUCCUUUAUUGUUAUGCAAUAUAUAUAUGUAUUAAUGUGUAAGUACACUGUUAUAAUGUGUGUAUGGAAUUUGUCAGAUUUGGUCAAACUGUGGCAAAAGCAAUCAACAAUUUAGGGCAAAGUAGACAUCACAUUCAGCUGCACUCAUCUUACAAGGGCUUUGUAUGCCUGCCUGACUGACUGACUAACUAACUUCACUUAUUGUGUCUUUAUCUCACUGAGCCACUAACUGACAGAUUCAUUGACUGACUGAUUGACUGGUCACUGACUGAUCAGCUCCCUGACUAACUAAUUAACAGUUUGAUUAGCUUACUGACUGAUAGUUUAAAUGAAACGAGUCACUGACUGAUUGACUCAAGUGAAGUCAAGCAGGAGAUGUGUCCCCGUUUAUCUGCCUACAUGGCAAUCAAACACUGAGUGUCCUCGAUCACAGUGAAGUGCUUAAAGAUGCCAUGUUGAGGUAGUUUAUAUUGUCAUGACGCAAGGCUCUGUGUAUAAAAUGUCAUACAGAACAAAUGAUUCAGAAUACUCAGAAACCUUUGUGAAACACUGUGAAGCCGACAAAAAAACUAUAUGCUCCAUUUCUACAAUAGUAUGCAAUUAUUCAUAUUAUGUAACCACUUGCUAUCAUGGGGUCAAGUGCUCUCUUACCUAAAUCUAUAUACAGAAAUGAUCAGUGUAAAUUUGUUUUCAUCAUUCUAUACUUGCAAAUGUAUAAGUUGAAACAGUUUUUGUUUCUGUGUUUAGGUUACUGUCUUUGGCACAGGUCACUUUAUAGGCAGUUUCCUGUUCAAUUACUUUAUUACUUAACAUCACAAUCAGAUGUUUUCACCCAUUUGAUAAAAUGUUCAGAUCACUCACAACCUAAAAUAUAUUUGUUUCAAGUGUUUGAGGCAAACAGAAGGUUAAUUUUUUUUUUUUUUAUUUAAUCAUACUUUUUAAUCUUGGCUUAUAAUGUGGUCCUCUGCCAAACUGUCGUCAAACAAGGCAAUACUGUAUAAGAUUCUCUACACUUUUUGAUUGUGGUAUAUGCUGUGCUGUUAUAGUUUCCAAAACACACCAGAAACAUGAAAUGUAAAAGGAAAAUCGGACUCAUAAAAUGUCCAUCAGGAUGAAUUUCCCCCACAAGAGCUAUAAAUACAACAGGAUUAUUUAUUGAUUGUAUAUAUUUGUACACUAUCCUUGUAUAAACAAUGCAUACCCUUGUGCUUAUUAAUCAUAUUAAUAUGCAAUGCACUGCAUACGUAUAUUUUUAAUAAAGAGUAUAUUGCUUUAUAA